AUGCAAAACACAAAAGUGGCUUCCAAUGCUCGAGGUACCCCUGACGCCCUUAGGUCCAGUGAUGGUGGCCUUCUUGUUAAAUGCAAAAAGGUCCGUCCUACGCGGGCGAAGGCUAUCGCUUUGACUUUCCAUGUUGGUGCUCUAAGAAUGGAACAUGGUCUUUCUAGGGAUGCCGUUGGCAAUGGUAAUUCUUAG